AUGCCUCAACUGCGCAAGACUGCCCCAGUCUCUGCUCCAAAGACCGCACCAGGUAGCCCGGAUGCUAGGAAACGCAAGCGAGGUGGUGCAGUCGCUGUCGACGUCCCUGACAGUGAAGCCAGUCCCAGGGGCCGCAAGCGUGUGAAACCAGCUGACCACGGCGCGGACCUCGGGCCGAAGACCUUUGGAAAGAAGCACGAGGAAGCGGCCGUGAGCGUGGAAAAGGAAGUGACCACGGAAGCCUGCGUGGCGGCGAAUGGUAAAUUGGCACUGAAGGAGGAGGCGAAGGUAGCGAUCGAGCAAAUCGAAACGCCCAACACGGGUGCUCGCAAACGAAAGACCAAAUCGAAGGUCAAGCAAGAAGCUAGAUCUGACUCGGAAGCAGACGAGCUUGAGGCAGACAAAAUACAACAGGACGAACCGGUCAAGCCGAAGCGGAAACGCAAAACGAAGGAAGAGAAGGAAGCUGAAGCUAUGCCCCUUGCUGUUCGUACUGUCGGCUUGAAGAUGUACGUGGGCGCUCAUACGAGUAUAGCGAAGGGAGUGGAAAAUGCAGUCACAAAUUGCGUGCAGAUCGGAGGCAAUGCGUUUGCAUGUUUCCUCAAGUCGCAGCGGAAAUGGGAGAAUCCUGCAUUAAAAGAUGAGAACAGAGAUGCGUUCAAAAAGGCCCUGGUAGAACACAAAUACGACGGACUGUCGCAUAUCGUUCCACAUGGAUCUUAUCUCGUCAACUUGGCGACCGAGGAUGAGGAUAAGGCAAAGCAAUCUUAUGAUGCGUUUAUUGACGAUCUCCAUCGUUGCGAAGCCCUCGGAAUCCGAUACUACAACUUCCAUCCAGGGGGAGCUGGCCAGAGCCCUUUUGCAGAGGCGGUCACUCGACUCGCCAACAACCUCAACCGGGCAUUAUCGGAAACCAAAACUGUUGUCCCUCUGUUAGAGAACAUGGCGGGACAUGGCACCCUGAUCGGAGGACGGUUUUCGGAUCUACGAGAUGUGAUCUCCCAGAUCAAGCCGGAGUAUCGGUCCCGGAUUGGUGUCUGCAUCGACACAUGUCAUGCAUUUGCGGCAGGGUACGACCUGCGCAGUCCGGAAGAGUUCAAGAAGACGAUGGACGAAUUCGACAGUGUCGUGGGCUUCAAGUACCUCAAGGCAAUGCACCUGAACGACUCCAAGAUGCCAUUGGGCAGCCAUAGGGACCUCCAUCAGAACAUCGGCCUGGGGUUUCUUGGACUCCGUGCGUUCCACAAUGUCAUGAACGAGCCGCACUUCCAGAACCUACCCUUGAUUCUCGAGACACCCUGCGAGAAGCCGGACCCGAGCGACCCAAAGGGAAAGAAAAUGAUCGACGACAAGAGCAUCUGGGCGACAGAAAUCAAACUCCUCGAGAGCCUAAUCGGAAUGGACCCCGAAGGGGAAGACUUCAAGCGACUGGAGAGCGAGUUGAGUGAAAAGGGUAAGAAAGAGAGGGAUCAGAUGCAGGCGCAGUAUGAGAGGUUAAGGGAGAAGAAGCUGGACCAGGAGAGGAAGAAACUGGCCAAAGAGAAACAACCCGAGAAGGGGCAAAAGAGUCUGAUGGACAUGUUUGCUGGAAAACAGGUCGUCAAUGGUGCAGUAAAGGGCAAGACGCAGAAGAGGCGGAAGGGGAAGAAGGUCGCGGAAAGCGAGUCCAGUGAACUCAGCGACUUGAGCGAUAUGAGCGAUAUGAGCGAACUCGAGCGAUGA